CUAUUAAGCCUGUGCUUCAAUUACUGCCUCAUAGGAUAGAGGCACCAACCACAAGAACGCAGGAUUCAGGUGUUAAAAUAUCUCUAAUUUGCAGGUCAUUAUGUUGCGAACAGCUUUGGUUUUCUGCCUAGCAGCAGUGGUCAUUAUGGGAAGAUCACAUGAAGGCCAUGGACACUUAAGGCCUAAAGCUCCGUCGGACCAGGACACUUCACAGGACAACAGUGCGUCUGUGGUGAGCACAGCUAAUAAAGAGUUUGCCUUUCGUCUGUAUUCUGCAUUAGCCUCUCAGCCAGACUCGCAGGGCAAGAAUAUAUUCUUGUCUCCAAUCAGUGUGUCUGUGGCUCUGGCAGCCCUGUCAGUGGGGGCUCGAGGGGACACUCAUGAACAGCUCUUCACUGGACUGGGCUUCAACAGCUCACUGCUAAACCAGGCUCAAGUUACCCAAGCUUUCAGGGCGCACCUGGACAAAAACGUGUCUGAAGACGCCACCCAAGGCACUGCUGUGUUUGUGGACAAUAAGUUCAAACCAAACCCGGAGUUUCUGGACACUCUGAAGCAGUCCUACCUGACAGAUGGCUUCACUGUGGACUUCACCAAGAGCACAGAGAGUGCAGACACCAUCAAUAAAUAUGUGUCAGACAAGACCAAUGGAAAAAUAGACAAGAUGGUGGACAGUCUGGACGAGGCUACUGUCAUGUACCUUCUCAGCUACAUCUACUUUAAAGGUAAAUGGGAAAAGCCAUUUGACCCUGAGUUAACCACAGAAGACACUUUUGAAGUUGAUGAAAACACUAAAGUACCAGUCCAGAUGAUGAGUGUUGAGCACAACUUUCAGGUCUAUUAUGACCAAGCCAUCAACACCUCAGUGCUUCACCUUCCCUUCAACAGUUCCUACAGUAUGCUGCUGAUGCUGCCAGCUGAAAUGGAAACACUGGAGAAAGCCAUUUGCCCAACCCAUGUCAUUAAAUGGCUCAAAUGGAUGAAACCUAAGACAUAUCAGGUAUUUAUUCCAAAGUUUUCCAUCAAGACGUCAUACUCUCUGAAGGAAGUGUUGAGUGAGAUGGGGGUGACAGACAUGUUUGGAGACCGCGCAGAUCUGAGUGGCCUUGCAGAAGGAAAAAAGCUGGUUGUAUCAGAGGUUGUUCAUAAGGCUGCUCUCGAUGUAGAUGAGAAAGGAGCCACUGCAGCAGCUGCUACAGGAGUCACCAUCACCCUUCUGUCUUUUCGCUAUGUCCCAGUCCUGAAGUUCGACCACCCCUUCAUGGUUCUCAUCCUGGAUCGGGAAACACAGGACAUCUUGUUCAUGGGAAAGAUCAUCAACCCAAAUAACUAAAGAUACAAAUUGUGUCAUAUUAAACCUGAGAUACAAUUCAAA